CUGCCCUUCGCAGCUGGUUGCCCCUAACAACGAGAGGACGCGGCCCGCUCCACCGGGCGGAUCUCCCCAGUCUACAGGUGCUUGCUGCCCGGGAGAGCAAGCAGAGCCAUGUCGGACAUCCUGUGCAGGUGGCUAAACCAGGAGGUGAAGCUGUCCCGGACAGUGAGUUCAAAGGGGAUUGAAAAAGAUUUUUCUAAUGGCUUCCUACUGGGUGAACUUCUGCACAAAUAUGAACUUCAGGAUGACUUUCCUCUGUUUUCAGAAGGCAGGGUUUCCAAUGCAAAACUUAAUAAUUUUUCUCGCUUAGAACCAACAUUUCAACUCCUGGGUGUUCAGUUCGAUCAAAAUGUGGCCCAGAAUAUUAUGACAGAAAAGCAUGGCUCUGUAACCAUACUUCUUUAUCAGUUGUACAUUGCGCUUCAAAAAAAGAGAAAAAGUGGACUCACGGGAGUAGCAAUGCAAACAAUGAGACCUUUAGCACCUGCAAAGCUACAAACUAUGAGAAGUGAGAUUUAUCGAGAGAGACUUAAGAACCUGGUGCCUCGGCAAACUGAUUUGAAUCUAAGUCGGGUUUCAGAAAAGUUUGAAGCAAAGUAUAAAAAAAUGGAAGAAAAAAUUGCUCGUGUUCAUUUUCAAAAUAUCCGAAAAUUUGAAAAGUUCCAGGAAGAACAAAGAAUUCAAGAUCUUGAAAAGCAGCGCCUGGGAAGAAGACGACAACAUGAAAUGAUGGCUAGAAUCCAAGCAGCCAUUUUACAGAUUCCCAAAACAGUACCCAAUCGUACUCUGAAAUCUAUUGAGAGCCACAAAAUGAUGAUGAAGAAAAAAGAGGAAGAAGAUGUGCUGAAUGAAAUUCAGAAGUUUGAAAUGCUAAUAAAAAAGGAGCUUGAGGCCAAAGGCAGUGGAUCAAAAGUUCCUUCGGCAGCCCAGACAACUGCUGACUUGUUAAGCACGUAUUCAGAUGAGGAAUACAUUAAAAAAAUUCAAAAACGUCUAGAGGAAGAUACCUUAGCCCGGGAACAAAGGGAGAAAAGACGCAGAAAAUUGUUAAUGGAUCAAUUGAUAGCCCAUGAAGCUCAAGAGGAGGCUUACCGAGAAGAACAACUCAUUAACCGACUAAUGAGACAAUCUCAGCAGGAACGUCGGAUUGCUGUGCAACUCAUGCAUGUUCGACACGAAAAGGAAGUUUUAUGGCAAAACAGGGUUUUCAGAGAAAAACAAUAUGAAGAAAGACGGCUGAAAGAUUUCCAGGAUGCUCUUGACAGAGAAGCAGCUCUUGCAAGACAAGCCAAGCUGGAGUAUGAAGAACAAGCCCAAAAGGAAAUAGAAAUUCAUGAAAGAAUAGCAGCAGAAAGAUCUCAAGCUCGUUAUAAAAAGCAUUAUUCAAUGUGCACAGAAAUCUUGGACAAUAUCAUUGAUUUAUCAACUAAAAUAGCAGAAUAUCGAGAAUUAACACAUAAUCUUAUUCCAGUUAAAAUUAUGCGUGAUUGGAAGGAGCUGUUUUUCAGUGGAAAGCCAAUUUAUGAAAUAGCCUCCAUUGACUCCAAGCCAUCUCGUUUUACCUCAGAACAACUAAUUGAGCUAUCCAAAAGGAAUUUACUAGAUGACAAUGAUUAUGAGGAGUACAAGGUACCUACAUAAUACAGGACAGUAAAAGAAGUCUACUUUAAUAAAUAAUAUCAUUCUAAUAAUA